UUGCGCAAAUAGCUCGCAUUAUUUCGCAUUAUUACACAAUUUUGAGUUUUAGGACUGUCAAUAUUUUCUCUGCUUUAAAGGUCUCAGAGUUUUGUUCCCAAUUCCUAUAUCGUCUUUUAACCAAGUUUAUUUGGAAUGGCGGAAUCUGUUCUCAAAUUUUUGGGACUGAAAUGGGAAGAAACUGUGGAAUGCCGUUUGUCUGUGGGUAACGCUGUCGCUGAAGCAGAAUACAAUACUGGUAACUUCAGUAUUGCUAUCGACGCACAAAAUUUGAUGGUAGUCGUUAAGAAUAGCACAGGAAGAGUCGCCUGGCAGUCAAUUCAUAACUAUCCUUUUGUGCAAAGUACUCUUGGCCAAGAUUAUAUUGGUGACGGCGAGGGAGGAUCUUUCAAGAUUGAAGAACAUGACGAACACUUUACGGUCUUACAAACUAUUACCAGCGUGACGCACACGGAUAAUUCUGUCACCAUUCACGGCGGCAUCGGCCAUAAGCUCGUUCCGCCAACACAUACGGACUAUACAUUCACCUUCACCGAACUAACUCCGAAGCACCUUCAAUUCCAAGUCCGAGUGGGCAAGGAAGGCGUUCCGCUUCAAGCCAACAGUUAUAGACGAGUCAUACUUACCUACAGUAGUCACAAAGAUGAAGACUUUUAUGGGUUUGGUGAACAAUUUUCGUUUGGAACUCUUAAGGGCCAGAAGAUUCCUAUUCUUGUUCGAGAACAAGGUGUUGGUCGUGGAGCGCAACCGAUUACUGCUAUUCUAAAUGCUAGACCAGAAAUUUUUGGCCAAUUUGCGGGUGGCGAUAGCUUCACGACAUAUGCACCUAUUCCCCAGUAUAUCACAACUGACAACCGUUGCGUAUUCUUGGAAAAUAACGAAUAUUCGUCCUUCGAUCUUCGAAAGCCGGACCGAGUUGUGAUCCGCGUCAACACUCCCUUGGCUGUAGGACGCAUUGUAGACGGAGAUAGCAUGCUGGAACUUAUUUCGAACUACACAGAAUAUUGUGGACGUAUGCGUGCUCUCCCCGAAUGGGCAGGAAAAGGCGCCAUUGCAGGUAUGCAAGGCGGUGAAGAAAAGGUUCGCGCUGUUUAUGGACGACUCAAGGAGUACGAUGUGCCCGUGGCUGCCUUUUGGCUGCAAGAUUGGUGCGGAAAGCGCAUACAAAAAGUUGGAAAUGUCGAGUUUAAGCGCCUUUGGUGGAACUGGGAGAACGACAAUGUCUUGUACCCUCACUGGGGGGAGCUGGUAACUGACCUGAAGGCUGAAAAUGUCCGUACGCUUAACUAUGUCAAUACCUUCCUUGCCGAUGUGCAAAGCAAGCCGUCUGCUAAGCGCAAUCUGUACCAAGAAGCGAGCGAAAAAAAUCUUCUCGUUAAGGAUGCUAAAACCGGUGGAAAUCUCAUUGUCAGUAGUGGCCCGGAAUGGGAGGCUGGCCUUCUCGACAUCACUAAUCCUGAGUGUAGAACAUGGUUCAAAACACUUAUGAAAGAGUCAGUUUUCCAGUAUGGUGUAUCAGGUAUGAUGACGGACUUUGGAGAAUACACACCGUACGAUUCUGCUGUCGCCAAGUUCCACUCCGGAGUACCUGCUGAGGAAUUCCAUAAUCAGUAUCCUCAAGAAUGGGCUAAAUUGGCUUUUGAAGUUGUCCAAGAACUCGGACUUGAGGAUGAAGCUGUCAUGUUCCAUCGUUCAGCCUUCACGAAGUCUCCCGGGUACAUGAACUUGAUGUGGGCUGGUGACCAGAACACUGCCUGGGAUGAGCAUGACGGGAUGAGAAGUGCUGUAACUGGUAUGCUCUCUGGUGGAUUCUCUGGAUUAUCCAUCACUCACAGUGACAUUGGUGGCUAUACCACUUUCGCUGGUGUUAUUCCUGGCGUGACAAUCAAGAGAGAAAAAGAGUUGCUUCUAAGAUGGAUGGAGCUUUCUGCAUUCACUUGUGCAUUCAGGACUCACGAAGGAAUCAAUCCUGAUGUAAAUGCACAAUUUUACGAUGAUGAGGACACCUAUAUACAUUUUGGCCACACGGCAAAGCUCUUUGCAUCUGUUUCACCUUAUCGUCAACGACUUUUGGAAGAAGCACAGAACAAAGGCUAUCCAGUCAUGCGACAUCCUGUCUUACUCCAUUCCAACGACAAGAAAGCUCGUUCGAUGACGUUCCAGCAGUAUUAUUUGGGCAACUCCUUAUUAGUAGCGCCUGUUCAGUCGCCGUCGACUACAUACGUUAAAGUCUACUUCCCGCAAGAAGAAGGGGUCACCUGGCGGCACAUCUGGACCGGUAAAUACUAUCAAGCCAACGGUAGUAGACUAUCCGUAGAUGCUCCCAUAGGUCAACCUCCAGUCUUCGUCAAAGAACCUAGGGAAGACGAUGGUUUGUUGAAUGACCUCAUGACUUAUGCAACAAAUUAUUAUGAAAAAGUCUCCAAAAUGAAAAAAUAAUCCGACAGGGUUGGUUGCUACUAUGACAGUAUCUAUUUUUUCAAAGGCAAUAAACAAGAUAAUUCGAGAUAUUGAAAAAUAUAUGGGUUGCUCUACAAGGAAUGUUCAUAUAUAUAAGGUCUAGCUGCAAAAUGCGCC